AUGGCUCGAACUAAGCAAACCGCAAGAAAAAGCACAGGUGGCAAAGCGCCCAGAACAACUCUUGCUGGGUCUGGGUCCUACUCUAGGAAGCCACCACCCAAGCCGGAGCACAACUAUCUAGAAGAGGCCCGACAGCUUGCGGGCUGGCGCCAACGGGCGACGGCGAUUGAUCCUUCGAGUGUGUCUGUCAAUCGAGAUGAGUGUCUCUUCGACAUCUGGAUUGACGCAUUACGUUCUACAAGAAUUCUUUUAUUAUUCUGCAAGCCUGAUAUAUGCAUCCAUUUCAGCGGUUGUAUAUACAGGUUGGAUAAACAAGACUUUGAUGGCUUUGUCGCUCUCGCUCAUGCGGCAUUAGCAGAGUGUGCUAAAAUUGGGAAUCUCUUCAGCUGGUCGGCUGGUACCUGUCAACCACAUUCUAGGCUGAGAGUUGUCAAGGGCAGCUACACCACCUCCGCGGGCCAUACUUACCCAGAAUUUGCUGAAGCCACGUAUACCAGCUUUCAUCCGUGCCCGCUUCGACAACUUAUGGCCCAGGCCACUAAUCUGGAGCCUUCGGAAGAUGACUCUGCAGAAGAGGACCGGCUGCCAGAGCUACAUGCUCUAUCCGCACUACUUUCGCUCGCCUAUGUCGGCUAUUCGGCAGAGUUCAAUUCAGAAGCACAGAACGGGCCAAUCUCUGAAAUCAUGAGAAUGUUUGAAAAUUCCGUCUUUAGUCGUCUAGCAGAGAGACUUCGAGGAGUCGAAGAAGCGGACGAAGAAGCGGACGAAGAAGCGGACGAAGAAGCGGACGAAGAAGCGGACGAAGAAGCGGACGAAGAAGCGGACGAAGAAGCGGAUGAAGAAGCGGUUAUACAAGAAGAAGUUAAUGUACAAAUAAAGUCAGAGUUUCAGCAGUAUUUGGAAGCUAGCCAAACCAGUUCUGACUGAACAGUAAGACUGGCGCCCAGAGGGCCUGACUGUAUAGGUU